AUCAAAAGAGUCAUCUCGGAAACGUCCAGUGGGGGUGUUACUGGAAAUGAUGUCAUCAUGCAUUUCUUCCUCUCGACCUUGCCCUUCGGUGGUGUCGGUAACAGCGGGAUGGGCGCCUACCACGGCAAGCACAGCUUUGAGACCUUCUCCCACCGCCGCUCCUGCUUGAUCAAGGACCUGAAGAUGGAGGGAACGAACCGGCUCCGGUACCCGCCUGGCAGCCAGAAGAAGCUGGACUGGGCCAAGUUCUUCCUCCUGAAGCGGUUUAACAAGGGUCGAAUGGGACUGGUGGCCUUGGCCCUGCUGGGCGUUGUGGCAGCGCUGCUGAUAAAGAAUCACCAGUCUGUGCUGAAGAGAAAAGCCCUCUUGAUUGUGCAGGCUGUUCAGAGGCUGGGCUGGCCCGGGGUGUGGUAAGGAGGAGCAGGUUUCAGAGCACUGCUGUGGCUGUCACGGUGAGGUGGUUUACUACUGAAGAGAGGAGAAGGCGCCACACGCAAGUCGUACUUGGUGCUCGCUUCGUGCCUGUUUCCUUGAGCUGGGAACUUAUUGUUUUCUUUUGUGGGGGGUUAUUUCAGUGAGCUAUCGAGCACAGAGCAGCCUUAGAGAGGCACUAACUGAGGGAAGGCUCGGACUCUUGUUCACAAAAAAAGCCAUGCUGGAACAGAGGGACCAGUGGGUACGAGCUCUCCACAGGAGGACUGCAGAGCAAGACAUACCUGUCCC